GCCAGUGGAGAAAGUCCUCGCUCUCCCGCUCAUCUUUUCAUUGCUCUCUCUCCUUCCCGCAGACAACCCGGACCUCCUCUGGGCGCCAGCUCCUCGGCUCCAACCCGUCCAGAAUCAAGCGGGAUUUUUUUUUUCCCUCUAGAAAUUGGCUUUGGUGUGUCGCCCGCCCUCUCCCCUCCUCUUCGCAACUCCUCCCCUCUUUUUUUUUCUCCUCCUUCUUCUUCUUCCUGAGACAUGGCCCGGGCAGUGGCUCCUGGAAGAGGAACAAGUGUGGGAAAAGGGAGAGGAAAUCGGAGCUAAAUGACAGGAUGCAGGCGACUUGAGACACAAAAAGAGACGCGCUUCUCGCGGAUUCAGGCAUUGCCUUGCCGCUAGCUUUCCCCGCCAAGACCCGCUGAGGAUUUUAUGGCUCUUAGGCGGACUUAAGAGCGUUUCGGAUUGUUACGAUUCCGGUUUGCUGGGCUUUCGUCCGCGCAAUCGUGUUCUCCCGCAGCUGCCUUGGGACUGGCUCGGCGAAGGAGGAUGGAGAGGGGGCUGCCGUUGCUGUGCGCGGCGCUCGCCCUUGCCCUCGCCCCUGCUGGCGCUUUCCGCAGCGAAAAAUGUGGCGGGACUAUAAAAAUUGAAAACCCGGGGUACCUUACAUCUCCCGGUUACCCGCAUUCUUACCACCCAAGUGAGAAGUGUGCAUGGCUGAUCCAAGCUCCGGAGCCCUACCAAAGAAUCAUGAUCAACUUCAACCCGCACUUUGAUCUGGAGGACAGAGAGUGCAAGUAUGAUUACGUGGAGGUGAUUGAUGGAGACAACGAAAACGGCCGCCCGUGGGGCAAGUUCUGUGGGAAGAUCGCACCUUCUCCCGUGGUGUCCUCAGGGCCCUUCCUCUUCAUCAGAUUUGUCUCUGACUAUGAGACGCACGGGGCAGGCUUUUCCAUCCGUUAUGAAAUCUUCAAGCGGGGUCCCGAAUGUUCUCAGAACUAUACAGCUCCCAGUGGGGUGAUAAAAUCCCCUGGGUUCCCUGAAAAGUACCCCAACAGCUUGGAGUGCACCUACAUCAUCUUUGCACCGAAGAUGGCUGAGAUUAUCCUGGAGUUUGAAAGUUUUGACCUGGAGCAAGACUCAAACCCUCCAGGAGGAAUGUUCUGUCGCUAUGACCGACUGGAGAUCUGGGAUGGAUUCCCUGAAGUCGGCCCUCACAUCGGGCGCUACUGCGGGCAGAAAACACCGGGUCGGAUCCGCUCCUCCUCGGGCAUUCUUUCCAUGGUCUUCUACACCGACAGUGCAAUAGCAAAGGAAGGUUUCUCGGCCAACUACAGCGUGCUACAGAGCAGCGUCUCUGAAGAUUUCAAGUGUAUGGAGCCUCUGGGCAUGGAAUCCGGAGAGAUCCAUUCGGACCAGAUCUCUGCAUCCUCACAGUAUGGCAACAACUGGUCUGUAGAGCGCUCCCGCCUGAACUACCCUGAGAAUGGGUGGACUCCAGGGCAGGACUCCUAUCGGGAGUGGAUCCAGGUGGACUUGGGCCUCCUGCGAUUCGUCACGGCUGUGGGCACACAGGGUGCCAUCUCCAAGGAAACCAAGAAGAAAUAUUACGUCAAGACUUACAGAGUAGACAUCAGCUCCAACGGGGAGGACUGGAUUACCCUGAAAGAGGGAAAUAAGGCCAUUAUCUUUCAAGGAAACACCAACCCCACAGACGUCGUCUUAGGAGUUUUCCCCAAACCAUUGAUAACUCGAUUUGUCCGGAUCAAACCUGCGUCCUGGGAAACUGGUAUAUCCAUGAGAUUUGAAGUCUAUGGCUGCAAGCUAACUGAUUACCCUUGCUCUGGAAUGCUGGGCAUGGUGUCUGGACUGAUCUCAGACUCCCAGAUCACAGCGUCCAACCAAGGAGACAGAAACUGGAUGCCAGAGAACAUCCGCCUGGUGACCAGUCGCUCUGGCUGGGCACUGCCACCUUCCCCCCAUCCGUACACCAACGAGUGGCUCCAAGUGGACUUGGGGGAUGAGAAGAUAGUGAGGGGCGUCAUCAUUCAGGGUGGCAAGCACCGAGAAAACAAGGUGUUCAUGAAAAAGUUCAAGAUCGCCUAUAGUAGCAAUGGCUCCGACUGGCAAACAAUCAUGGAUGACAGCAAGCGCAAGGCUAAGUCGUUCGAAGGCAACAACAACUACGACACUCCCGAGCUCCGGGCGUUUUCGCCUCUCUCCACACGGUUCGUCAGGAUCUACCCUGAGAGAGCCACACACAGUGGGCUCGGGCUGAGGAUGGAGCUUCUGGGCUGUGAAGUGGAAGCUCCAACAGCCGGGCCAACCACACCGAAUGGGAACCCCGUGGACGAGUGUGACGAUGACCAGGCCAACUGCCACAGUGGCACAGGUGAUGACUUCCAGCUCACAGGAGGUACCACUGUCCUGGCCACAGAGAAGCCAACCAUUAUAGACAGCACCAUCCAAUCAGAGUUCCCGACCUAUGGUUUUAACUGCGAGUUCGGCUGGGGCUCUCACAAGACUUUCUGCCACUGGGAACACGACAGCCACGCGCAGCUCAAGUGGAGUGUGCUGACCAGCAAGACGGGGCCCAUUCAGGACCAUACAGGAGAUGGCAACUUCAUCUAUUCCCAAGCUGACGAAAAUCAGAAGGGCAAAGUAGCCCGGCUGGUGAGCCCCGUGGUGUAUUCGCAGAGCUCUGCUCACUGUAUGACCUUCUGGUAUCACAUGUCCGGCUCUCAUGUCGGUACACUGAGGGUCAAGCUGCGUUACCAGAAGCCAGAGGAGUAUGAUCAGCAGGUCUGGAUGGUGGUCGGGCACCAAGGAGACCACUGGAAGGAAGGGCGUGUCUUGCUGCACAAAUCUCUGAAACUGUAUCAGGUGAUUUUUGAAGGUGAGAUCGGGAAAGGAAACCUUGGUGGGAUCGCUGUGGAUGACAUCAGUAUCAACAACCACAUUUCUCAGGAGGACUGUACAAAACCAACAGACCUAGAUAAAAAGAAUACAGAAAUGAAAAUUGGUGAAGCAGGGAGCACCCCAGGAUAUGAAGGGGAAGGGGAAGGUGACAAGAACAUCUCCAGGAAGCCAGGCAACGUGCUAAAGACCCUGGACCCCAUCCUCAUCACCAUCAUAGCCAUGAGUGCCCUGGGGGUACUCCUGGGUGCAGUCUGUGGAGUUGUUCUAUAUUGCGCCUGUUGGCACAACGGCAUGUCGGAAAGAAACCUGUCCGCCCUGGAGAACUAUAACUUUGAACUUGUGGAUGGCGUGAAGUUGAAAAAGGACAAACUGAACCCACAGAGUAAUUACUCAGAGGCAUGAAGGCUCGGAGCUGGAGGGAGCGUGGGAGGACUGAGGUGGGAGAACAGCGGAGGUGCAGGGACUCUGCGGCUCUGCUUUCACUGGGAAGGGCGUCCACGACGCCAAGCCAGGCUUUUCUCAGGAGCUUCAAUGAGCGUCACCUACAGACGCAAACAGGUGACUGGUAACAACCGGAAUCACGUACAGCCGGCUUUCUUCUCUUGGUUUCACUGGGAUAAUCAGAAGCCAGUUGAGACCAAGUGUGACUGAUUUCAUGGCUCAUCCUCUUUUCCCGCUUUUUCCUCUCUCUUCUUACCCUGUGAUGGAUUCUUCUCGGAAACUACAAAAUCCAAGAUGCUGGCACCAGGCGUUGUUCAGUGGGCCCUUUGGAUGGACAUGCGACCUGUACCCCAGUGCCCAGAGUAUAUUAGCAUAACCACGUUUCAGGGGACGCCAAUCAUCCACCUUUGAGCGCAGGGGGGAUAAAAGAAUUAGACUAUUUUGUCUGCAGAGUACCGUGGCCUCAGUACCCAUAUAGCGUGUCAGCUCUGUUUACCAAGCAAUACCGACAGAUUUUCUUGAUGUUUUACAGUGUUGUACCGAAUCUCGUGUUUGUGACCUCCAUUCAGAAUACCAUAACAUGCAGCCACCAAACUGCUGGCACCCGGGUGUCCCGCUGAUGACCACCACAAAAGUCUUCGGCACUGGCUAGUCUUCGCCCUCUCAAGUGCCUUUUUGUUCGUACUGGUUCCUUGUGUCCCGUGGAUGACCCACUCUCUUUCUGGUGAAAACCCUUCUUUUUCAAUCAGACCUGGUGGCCCACUGACUAAGAAGAAAGUAUAUUUUAGUGUGCUACGCCGACCCGGGGAAGGCAAGGGCUCCGAAGACCUGGCAACGUGGCUUAAUCGUUCUGCUUUUUUCUGAAGUUCAAUGUCAUGUCUCUUGACCCUUUGUAUAAAGCUGCAAUGCUCUC